AUGGCUAAUAAUUCAAUAAUAAUGUUUAUGAAUGAACUCAUAAGAGAAAUACUAGAAUAAAAGAUAUUAAAGCAAGUAUUGAGAAUAAUAAAUAUACAAACAGAUAAAUAAAUCGUUCUAAUUUUAGAAGUCUUUAUAAUUAGAUAAUUCUUUUGA